UCGAAAUGUCAAUUGUCAAAUACCAACUACAGUAAAUAGCCUCGCGUUCGUAUUUACGAAAAAUAAUAUGAUUGUUUAAUUUAAGUUAUUUACUUAAGAAUUAUCAUGAAAUGAAAUGAUUGUAUGUUGAAUUUUUUAAUAAGUUGUUAAAAUGUCGAAUAAAUAUCAUCAAAAUCCAAACGCGGCUCAGGAGAAGCAGCUUAUACAAUGGAUAAACGAGGCUGGUAUGUGCGACGGUGGAAAAAAAAGUGGCCUCCUACGAAAGAUCGUGGAACUUCUUUUGCAUCAAUUGUCACCUAUGAUUCCCCUUUAUAUGGAGAACGUGUUGAGUUUUGUGAACGAUAAAAGCACUGAUGUUCGCAAGAUUGUUAUUGGUUUUAUACAAGAGUUAAGCACAAACUUUCCCGACAACCUUCCCAAGGUGAUCAGUCAAUUGCAGCUGUUGGUCAUUGAUCCAGUAGUGGCAGUGCAGAAGAGAGCCAUACAAGCAGCCAGUGUUGUGUACAAGAAUGUUCUGGAAUGGUUGUGUACCUCCUCAAAUGAGGCCGACAUGAAAUUUGUGUGGGAACAUAUUAAUAAAUCUAAGUUGCUGGUACUUAACAUGAUAGAUAGUGAGAAUGAGGGAAUACGGACUCACGCAAUCAAAUUCCUUGAAGAAGUGGUUAUACUACAAACACCGGAUAGCGAAGGAUCCAAUGAUUUUAGUUUAGACGAUUUGCCGAGAACACUAACGUUCAUAAAUCGACGGUCUCUAGAAGAAGAAGCAGAACACAUAUUCCAAUUGUUGCUCAAAUUUCACAAUUCGCAACACAUAUCAAGCGUGAAUCUAAUGGCUUGCAUGACAACCGUAAUAUCUCUCGCGAAAUUCAGACCUAAAUACUUGCCGAGAGUUGUCCAAGCGUUAGGCGAUCUUCACACAACACUGCCGCCUACGUUAUCCCAAUCGCAAGUCAACUCUGUGCGCAAACAUCUCAAAAUACAAAUCAUUAAUCUGGUGAAACACCCAUCGUCGAACGAAAUGAUUCCUCAACUGUUGCAACUCCUAUCCGACAUUGGAAUGACGCAACAGGAGAUAAACAAAGUCAUACCCAAAGAAAAGAGAAACAAAAGAAUGGCUGACGUUAAAAACGGAGAUACACCAGCGAAGCGGUUCAGACUAGAUUCUCCGCAAAACAGUCAAAGCAGUGAUAGCAAUAGCAGAACGGAUAUGUUUGAUGACGACAGUAACCAAAGUGCAAAGACGAGUCCUGUAACUGAAGAUUCUAUUUACGAAGGCUUGAACAACAUAGAUAACGUCAUUAACCUAGUUACGACGACCUUACUUAACCAACUACCCCUUGAAAUGCCACAGAGUUUCUUAACUACAUACAAACCCAUUCCGAACGCAGGGACGGGCGCACAAAAACGCAGUUUAGCGAAAAUGAUCCUUGCAGUGAUCAAAGGUGAACCGGAAGUACUCCCCACCCCAGCGAUAAGUCAACCAGUAACUACAAAAAUACCACUGCUUUCGGAAGACGAUGAAAAGAUCACCCUCAAGAAUGCAGUUGCCAAGUUACAGGAGUCGACUAAAGUUGAUCGUCAAGUUGAAACUGCUGUGUCUAAACUAAUGGAGGAAACUCGACAAGAGUUCCUGAAAGAAGAAGAGAGGAAGGCAAAAGAGAAAGAGAAGCAAGCGCCUCCACCGACGCCGACUGUUCCAAAGUUGAAGCAGAAGGUCAAGCUUCUAAAAUUACAAGAAAUAACGCGGCCGGUACCGAAGGAAAUCAAAGAGAGGAUGAUGAUGCAAGCGGUCGCGAGGAUACUGAAUUCAGAAAGAGAAGCGGCUAUCGGCGGAGCCGCGCAGAUUCGCGCGAAGUUCAUAACGAUAUUCGCCUCAAGCUAUUCUCCGGACAUACGUGAUCUUGUAAUGAACUACAUUCUAGACGAUCCUAUAAACAGAAUAGACCUGGGAUUAUCCUGGUUGUACGAGGAAUACGCGUACAUGCAGGGUUUCAACCGACACCCGGCUACGUUGCAAAAGGCGAACGAAAAGCCCGAUCAGAAUUACAGCCAAUUGCUGUGCGCUUUGGUGACGCAGAUUUGCGAAGGCGGGAAACCUUUGUUGGAGAAUAGUAAAGAGGUUCUACUGCGAAGGAUAUAUACGGAGGCGCCGGUAAUUACUGAUGAGGCGGUGGAUUAUUUGAAGCACUUGGUGAUCGAGGACAAGCUGGUGCUGGCUUUGGAGCUGAUCGAGGAGUUGUGUGUGAUGCGGCCGCCGAGGGCGCAUAAGUAUGCACCAGCGCUCGUGUGUCAUGUUCUAAACGAAAACGAGGAAAUCCGCGAGUUCGCGUUAAAAUCUGCACUCAACAUUUACAAAACUGGAUCGGACGCUGUCAAAAAGGUCAUAGAGAAGAAUGCUUUGCUAUACUUAGGAUUUAUAGCUUUGGACUCCCCUCCAUCAGAGUUAAUGGGCUCCCGCCAUAGUAUAAGGGUGUGGUCAGACGACUUGUACAAACUGUGCCUUAACCUGGUCAUGGCGUUGUUUUUGGAAAAUGAAGAGCUGAUAAUCGACGUGGCGCGCGUGUACGGGUGCUCCGGCGCGGAGGCGAAGCGCUGCGUGCUGCGCGCGGUGGAGGGCCCGCUGCGGGGCGUCGCCGCCGCGCACCCGCCCGCCGCCGCGCCGCCGCCCUUCCGCGCCCUGCUGCAGGACUGCCCGCGCGGCGCCGAGACGCUGCUCACGCGCCUCGUGCACAUCCUCACCGACAAGGCCCCCCCCUCAGCGGAGCUGGUGGCGCGAGUGCGGGAGUUGUACGCCACGCGGGUCAGCGACGUCCGCUUCCUCAUACCUGUACUUAAUGGACUCAGUAAACGAGAGAUCCUAGCUGCUCUACCAAAGUUGAUAAAACUGAAUCCUGUGGUCGUCAAGGAAGUGUUCAACAAGUUGUUGGGUCUGCAGAAUCCGAAUAAUGAACAGUUACCUGUCACCCCCGAAGAGCUACUCGUAGCAUUGCAUCUCAUCGAUCCGAAUAAAGCGGAUCUUAAGUACAUUAUAAAGGCUACAGCGCUUUGCUUCGCUGAGAAAAAUGUCUACACGCAAGAUGUGGUGUCAGCAGUAUUACAACGGUUGGCGGAAGAGCCGGACACACCGGUUCUGAUGAUGAGGAGCGUCCUGCAAGCGCUGACUCUGUACCCAGGGCUGGGCCCUCUGGCGUUGAAUAUAUUGCAACUGCUCAUAGACCGGGAGGUGUGGACAAACAAAGUGGCCUGGGAGGGUUGGGUGAAGUGCUGCGAACGCCUCGGGCCUUGCGCCUCCGCCGUACUCGGGGCUUUGCCCCCGCGAGCGAGGGCCGCGUUGCCGCCGCACCUUGCGCACGCGCAGGAGGCGUUCCCUCAGCCUGUUCCGAAACCCCUGGAGCCCCUACCACCUGGGAUGGAAUGACGAUAGUCUAAACUUUAUCACGCGUUUUUAGUACGAAAGUAUUAGUACUGGCCUUAUUUGUAAUGUUGGAUGGACAUUUAUAAGAAAACUCGAUGUUUUCAAUCACAUAGAUUAUUUUUUAAGUUAUAUAAAAUGAAUUAAUUAUUCAAUAAGCUAGAAAAAAUUAAGGGAAUAUGUAAUCAAUCACAAUGAUAAAACAGUUUACAUAUCUUUUAUUUAAAGGUAAUGUCUAAUUGCUUGACGUUGAUUUUAGAGUUUUAUUACUAAGAAGCGGUUCGCCCCGGCUUCGUCCGGUACUAAGGAAUCGGGUAUAUAUCAAAUUUUGAGUGAAUUAUGUAUUGAAAUCGAUUCAAUAGUCUGAGAUUAGCACAUACAAUCAAGAUCUUCAACUUUAUACUAUAAAUAUAGAUAAAUAUACAGGAAAAAUAUGCGAAAAACUUACAGAGCCAGUACUGAAAAUAACUUCAUAAAAGGGGUUUACACGCACAUUAAUUAAUUGGAGAAGCAUUAUGUAGUUAAUAAUCCCCAAGCGUGAUGUAAAAACGGAUUGUAUCAUAAUGUGUUGUUAAUAAAACAUUCAUU